AUGCGGCCUCUCACGCCCACUCUCGCGCGCACUCUCACGCGCACUCUCACGCACUCUCACGCGCACUCUCACGCGCACCCUCACGCGCACCCUCACGCGCUCACUAACGCGCUCUCCCACGCGUCUCCCACGGGCACUCUCACGCGCACUCCCACGCGCACUCCCACGCCAAUCUCACGCGCACACUCACGCGCCCCUUCACGCGCACAGUCACGCCACUCUCACGCGCACACUCAUGCGCACCUUCACGCGCACACUCACGCGCUCUCUCACGCACACACUCAAGCGCUCUCUCACGCGCACACUCACGCGCUCUCUCACGCGCUCUCUCACGCGCUCUCUCACGCUCUCUCUCACGCACACUAUCACGCGCACUUUCACGCACUCUCUCACGCGCACUCUCACGCGCUACCUCACGCGCACUCUCACGUGCCCUUUCACGCGCUCUCUCACGCGCACUAUCACGCGCUCCCUCACGCGCUCCCUCACGCGCUCCCUCACGAUCUCUCUCACACGCACCCUCACGCGCUCCCUCACGCGCUCUCUCACGCGCACUCUCACGCGCGCACUCUCACGCGCUCUCUCACGCGCACUCUCGUGCGCACUCUAACGCGCUCUCUCACGCGCUCUCUCACACGCUCUCUCUCAUGCCCUCUCACAUGCCCUCUCACGCGGCCUCUCACACGGCCUCUAACGCGGCCUCUCACCCGCACUCUCACAAGCACUCUCACGCGCACUCUCACGCGCGCACUCUCGCGCACUCUCACGCGCACUCUCACGAGCACUGCACUCUCACGCGCUCCCUCACGCGCUCCCUCACGCUCUCUCUCACGCGCUCUCUCACGAGCGCACUCUCACGCGCUCUUUCACGCUCUCUCUCAAAUACCCUCUCACACGCCCUCUCACGCGGCCUCUCACGCCCACUCUCGCGCGCACUCUCACGCGCACUCUCACGCGCGCACUCUCGCGCACUCCCUCACGUGCGCACUCCCUCACGUGCGCAUUCUCACGCGCACUCUCACGCGCACUCUCACGCGCGCUCUCUCACGCUCUCUCUCACGCGCUCUCUCACGCUCUCUCUCACGCUCUCUCUCUUGCGCGUUCGCUCCCGCGCGCACGCUCUCCCUCGCCCUGAGUCUCUCCCCUUCCUCAAAUGAAAGCGAGAGCGGGGAGGAGGGAGAGGCGACGGCAGGGAGGAGGGAGAAGCGACGGUGGGGAGGAGGGAGAGGCGACGGCGGGGAGGAGGGAGAGGCGACGGCGGGGAGGAGGGAGAGGCGGCGGCGGGAGGAGGGAGAGGCGGCGGCGGGAGGAGGGAGAGGCGGCGGAGGGGACGAGGGAGAGGCGACGGCGGGGAGGAGAGAGAGGCGACGGCGGGGAGGAGGGAGAGGCGGCGGCGGGGAGGAGGGAUACGCGACGGCGCGGAGGAGGGAGAGGCGGCGGCGGGGAGGAGGGAGAGGUGAUGGCGGGGAGGAGGGAGAGGCGACGGCGGGGACGAGGGAGAGGCGAUGGCGGGGAGGAGGGAUAAGCGACGGCGGGGAGGAGGGAGAGGUGACGGCGGGUUGGGAAGGAGAGGCGACGGUGGGGGAAAUGGUGCUGGACGUGCAGGGAAGAGCGGGCGCGGAGAGGGCGCUGGAACGAGGCACCACCACGCCAGGACAGGUACACGUGCUCCGCGCCCCUGCACUCUGCGCUCUGCCCCGUGCGCUCUGCCCCGUGCGCUCUGCGCUCUGCCCCCUGCGCUCUGCGCCCUGCGCUCUGCCCCCUGCGCUCUGCGCCCUGCGCUCUGCCCCCUACGCUCUGCGCCCUGCGCUCUGCCCCCUGCGCUCUGCGCCCUGCGCUCUGCCCCCUGCGCUCUGCCCCCUACGCUCUGCGCCCUGCGCUCUGCCCCCUGCACUCUGCGCCCUGCGCUCUGCGCCCUGCGCUCUGCGCCUUGCGCUCUGCGCCCUAUGA